AUGGCUAAUGUUUCUAAAAAACCUCCUAAAAGAGAAUGCAUGUUUAUGGAUAUUCCUUGUGAAGUAUUUAUUAACAUUUGCAAAUUUGUGCCUCCUAUUGACCUUGUGACGCUUACUACUGUGUGCAAGAAAUUUCGCUGGUGGUUACUCGCACCCUCCAAUUUUGGAACGGAACAGAUCUGGAGUACAUCUAGAAAACUUUUCAUGCCAAAUUUAAAAUCACCACCACGGGGAAUUUCAGAACAAUGUUAUAUUUCUCUUUAUUUGAUUGAGUUAGGCUGUCAGUUCUGCGGAGCUGGAAAAAUUGAACCACACGGAAAACUGCCCACAGAAACUCCGGCGAAAAUUUACUGGGUUUUUAGAGUCCGCUGUUGUAAACGUUGCCUUAUAGAGAGAACAGUAACUUCAAAGCAGAUCAAGGAAGAGAAGAUUAUUCACGAUUCUUGCCUUGCAGGAGUGCCAUUCAUAGAACAAGCUAAUCGACCGCGUGUCUAUUGGAAAUCAGCCGUUGAAGCUGCGAAUCGAGAUUUUGUCAAUCUCAAUGAAGAAGAAGUCUCUAAUUGGAUCGUGAAAAAAAAGAAAGAAUUAGAACAUCACAAUAAGAUUGCAGAAUCAUGUAAAAUACCACCUACAAAGUUGGACAAUAAGGCUCGACUAACAUCUGUGAUUUGUCAUUUAUCAUCGAUAGUACCGAAUGAUGCCAGACGUAGUGAUCUAGAAGUGAAAGUAGAACUUCGCCGAUGUCCCACAUUUAAGAAGUAUCUUCACCCUUCCACAACGCAACUUUUUACGGAACAUCACUGGGCCAAUUUCCAAAAUAUUAUAUACAAUGAAUACAAUGAUAGGCGUAAUUAUGCUGCCUUAAGAGCGCAGCAGUAUGACAUUUUCUUAAAAGUUUAUUCUCUGAUUCCAACAAAAUAUACAAUGUCAGCUCCUCUUGUUCAGUAUCUAUUUUAUUGCCCAUCGUUUAAGAAGCCGCCUUUCAAUUACUGGCAAAGUAAACAACAACAGGGUUAUUCAUUUAUGGAAACAUAUAUCGAAACCAAAUUCAUUCCACGACUUGCAUUGGAAGCAAAUGAUAUUGCAAGUAAACCUGAACGGCCAUGCCAAAUAACAACUGUGACUGGAGUCCAAAAAUUAGGGCUGUCCAACAGAUGUAUUUUUCGAUGUAAAUUAUGUGUUGAGGCAAAUUGGAAUGUAUUACUAAAUUAUAAAGAAGUUCGUAGCCACUUGCAAACCAAGCAUGGCGUACAAAAAAUCAUAAAUAAGAAUAUGAUUAUUGUCGAUUAUUUGGAAACGGGGAAAACCCAUUUGAAACGUGAUUCGAAAUUGAUUGGUUUUUUCUUUCCUAUGAACGAUGAGGCUUAA